AUGGUGCUGGUUAGAAGCCCUAAGCGUCCAGUGCCGUCCAGCGGCAGCAACAGCAGCGAGCCGCAGCAGCAGCAUCCCUCGAAGAUUCCAGCCGCUUCGCCUCUUCUAAGACCUGGAACUGCCAGCGCAGCAGCAGAAACAACAGCAGCAGCCAGUGCAGCAAGAGGGUACACAGCAGCAGCCAGUAAACAGAAGCAACAGCCAGUUCAGCACCGGAAGCAGCAGCAGCAGCAAGCACAGGUGUCAUCAGCCGGAGCACCAGCGGGCACCCAAAAUGCUCAUGCCGAAUCUCUGCGGCAAGAGGAGCCUAUGAAACGCCUCUCCACUCAUGACGAGCUGCUGCAGCCACUGCAGCCACAGCAGCAGCAGCUUUCCCAGCACCAUCCGGAAGAAGAUGUUAUCCAUGGAAUCCCCCGCAGCGCUGCGGCGUUUCAGCAACAAUGGCACCGGCGGCUGCAGCAGCUGGAGCAGCAGCUGGGGUGUAUGGACAUCGAGCAGCAGCAGCUGCAGCAGGCAGCGCAGCUGGAGGCGCGUUCCCACGUGGCGAUCAGGCAGGCAGCCCAUGUACUGCGGCAGCGGCAGGAGCAGGAGCAGCAGCAACUUCAGCAGCUACGGCAUGAGCAGCAGGAGGCGCAGCAGCAGCAUGAGGCGUCAGAGAGCAGAUUCGUCUCUGUGCAGACAGAGGCCGCUGCAGCAGCGGGGGGAGAUGAGCUCUUGCAGCGACGUUUGCAGCAGACGCAUGUCAAAAAGCAGCAGCUGCAGCAGCUGCAGCAGCAGAAGCACGCCCUUCUUCUUUGCCUUAGCAAGACGGAGUGCAAGGCUCGCCAACUGCAGGAGCUCCUCUUGCAGCUUAAACAGCAGCAAGAAUACGACGUCAACACGCUGCGAGAGGAGGAGCUACUGCUUUCUCUCGCAACGCGCUUCAAGUUUACGAGGAUCAACGGCACAAGCAUCACCGGCUUGACAGUGCCUGACCAGCGCCCUCCUGCUGCCGCUGCAGCGAGUGUCUUUGCCGGCAAGGCAGAUGCAGCAGCGUCACCAUUCGAAGCGGCAGCGAAUAGCAGCAGCAGCGGCACAGCUAGCGACCUUGUUGGGGAGCAGGCCGAAGGCGCAGCCAUCGUACAACUUGAGCUGCCAUCGUUGGAGCAGCAGCAGGAGAAAGGCUUUGCUGCUGCACCCCCUGCGGCACCAUGCGAAGCUGCAGAUGUCUUAUGGCAGCAGCUGAUGCAACAAGCGCACGCGGAGGAUAGUCGUGCGGCCUUCGUGCUCCAAAGAAUUAGGGAAGUUUGCUCAUCCUAA